AUUGAAAAAAAAAUAGAUUUUUUUUCCAGUUUAUGUUAUAAAAGGGUUGAGAAAAUAGGUGUAUAGUUGAAAAUUAAUCAACUAAGCAAAGAACAAACUAAAAAAAAAAAACAAUCUCAUUUACAAAAACUGCAUCCGAUACUCUAACUCAAUUCAAGUCAACUCUGCACAACAAAUGCAGACAAUUUAACUUUUCAGAUAAUAAUUAUCAACUCAACUCAACUCAAUUCUAUGCUUUUAUCGCACGCUAAACGCCUCCUUAGGGUUUUCUUUUCAUAUUCAUAUAUAUUUUUCAUAAAGUCCAAAAUCAGACUUAUCCAUUAUCCUGCCAGCACGCACAGCUUGAAGAAGAGACUAGGAGGGAGAAGGAGAACUCUAGUCCCGCAAUGACGCGAACGAUUCUACUUUCUUCUCCCAUUUGGCACACUGCAACUCAAAAAGAAGGAGAACAUAAUACUAUCGGCGACGAUGGCAAGAAAAUCCAUAUUCUCCGGUGUUGAUGCAACUCGAAACUGCGCAGAGCAGCGAGAAAUCGUGCGUCGUCCCUCACCGGAUUCUCUCAUAUCCCGUCGACGACGACAACGAAACGAAGAAGCAGACUCAAGAGAGAGCGCGAAGUGUGAGAUUCAACGGUCAGGUUCAGCCAUGGACUUUUGGAGCAAAGCUCGAAGUUUCGCCGAGGAAGCAGCGAAGCGCUCGCAGGAGCUGACUCUUGAAGCUGCAAGGCGUUCCCAAGAGCUCACGAUCGGAUCCUCUAGAUUGUCCGAUAUCGUUUCCGAGACUGCUAAACGCUCCAAGGAAUUCGCUACUGAGGCCUCGAAGCGAGCUGAUCAAAUCAAAGCGGAAGCUGUUAAGCGAGCCGAUCUUAUCAAGCACUUGGUCGAGGGUACUCCGCCAUCUGGCGCCCUCGAGAAGAACGCUUCCAACGAAGAGACGCGGGAGGAGGAUUUGCAGAGAUUUGGGAUAAACGAAGAGCUGAGGGAUUUCGUCAAAGGCAUCACUAUGAGUACAUUUCGGGAUUUUCCACUCGAAGAUGAUUCACAAAUGUCCAUUGUCCCUACAGUCUCAAAUAUUAGUCAGGAUCUAACUGAGUGGCAGGAGAAGCAUGCAAGUCUUGUUCUUUCAACUGUCAAGGAAAUUUCUAAGUUACGUUAUGAAUUAUGUCCACGCAUAAUGAAAGAGAGAAAAUUCUGGAGGAUUUACUUUUUGUUGGUGAACAGACACAUUGCACCCUAUGAGAAAAAGUACAUGGAGGAUGUCAUGCUGAAAUCAGAUAAACAUGCUGAAGAUGGAAAGAUGGAACCUGUUAAAGCUGAAAUAACAUCUACGUCUCAGGAGAAGAAAAACGCUCCACCCUCCUCAUCAAGUGACCAAGACUUGGAUGUAUUUCUUCUUGGAGAUCAUGGAGACAGCGAUGAAGGUCCAGAUGAUGGAGAUGACGCCUUUGAUGAUGAUUUUGACAAAAUGGUUGACAGUUCAGAUGACGAGAAAGACAAAUUGUAGGAGACAACAGCAGGUGUGUUUUCACAUCGAAUCAUUGUUUCUCAUCCAUUUGAACUCGUCUUUUCCCAUUCUUGGUAGCAGGGUCAGUGGGCUAAAUGAUGAUCCAAUUAAAACCCAUUUGAAAUUCUCUUCUAUCACUUCACUUGAGACAGCUUAUGAAUCUGAACCUGUGCUGGAGAAAGAGUAUCUUGUGUUCAUUCUUUUUUCCCCCCCUUCUCUGAGGGAGGUUCUUAUGUACAAAAAUCCCUAUUCUUGAAAAUUGGAACUUAAAGAGUCUGUACACCUUGGGUUGCUUUUGUAUAGCACUCAACGUUUAAAAGUUUAAACUAUUAACAUUUUUGUCCUCUGUAGCCCUCUUGAUUCCGCACAUUCAGUUUUGUGUAUAUUUGGUCUUUUAACCUUCAUUUUCGUGUCUAAUUGAUUGUCGAACUUUUAAAUUUGUGUC